UGUCGUUCGUCGGACGUCGUGUACCGGUUACCACUUUUUCUUUAUCUAAAAGACUGUAAAAUAGUUAUUUGUUCAGUUAUAUUUCACCAAAACAAAAUGCUUUCGGAGACGACGUUAACGCUUAUACAGAUACUAGAGAAAACUAUAUCACCGGAUCGAAAUGAAUUGGAUGCUGCAGAAAAAUAUCUUAACCAUGCAGCCCUCACAAAUUUUACAACAUUUAUCAAAAUGCUUUCUGACAUUCUGGUACAAGGUGGAAACAGUCAGGUGGCAAGAAUGGCUGCUGGAUUGCAACUUAAAAACCACCUAACAUCUAAAGAUCCCAUUGCAAAGCAGCAGUAUCAGCAGAGAUGGCUUGCUCUACCUGAAGACAUAAGAGUCUAUAUUAAGAAAAAUAUUCUAGCUGCUAUUGGCAAUGAAAGUAGUAGACCGAGUUCUGCAGCUCAAUGUGUUGCUUAUGUAGCUGUAGCGGAGCUUGCUGUUGGACAAUGGAAUGACCUUAUACCAAUGCUCCUGGAAAAUGUAGUCAAUGCCCAAUCAACUGAGCUGACAAGAGAAGCUAGCCUUGAAGCUAUAGGUUACAUCUGCCAAGAAAUAGAUGCUGAAGUUCUUACUGAACAAAGCAACCAGAUUCUAACUGCUAUAAUUCACGGUAUGAGAUCUACUGAGCCCAGCAACCAUGUCAGAUUAGCAGCAACUCAAGCUCUGUUAAAUUCUCUUGAAUUUACAAAGGCUAAUUUUGAUAAAGAGAAUGAAAGAAACUUCAUCAUGGAGGUUGUGUGUGAAGCAACUCAGUCCAAUGACAUGAGAAUUAGUGUUGCAGCCUUACAAUGUUUGGUCAAAAUAUUAUCUUUAUACUACCAGUACAUGGAGCCAUACAUGGGCCAAGCAUUGUUCCCUAUUACAUUAGAAGCUAUGAAAUCUGAUGUGGAUGAAAUAUCUCUCCAGGGUAUAGAGUUCUGGUCCAAUGUCAGUGAUGAAGAAAUUGAUCUUGCUAUAGAAAUGGUUGAGGCUUCUGAAGCAGGUCGUCCUCCAGUAAGAACAUCUAGAUUUUAUGCAAGAGGGGCACUGCAGUAUAUUGCUCCUGUGCUUAUGGAAAAAUUAACUAAACAAGAUGAUAGUGAUGAUGAGCUGGAAUGGAAUCCUUCUAAAGCAGCAUCAGUUUGUUUGAUGCUGCUUUCCAACUGUUGUGAGGAUGACAUUGUUCCUCAUGUUUUACCUUUCAUUCGUUCAAAUAUUAAAAGCGAAAAUUGGCGUUUCCGAGAAGCCGCUCUUAUGGCGUUCGGUUCUAUUCUUGGUGGUUUAGAAGCUAACACACUCAAGCCUUUAGUUGAAGAAGCAAUGCCGACACUUAUUCAAGCUAUGUACGAUUCAAGUGUGGCGGUUAGAGAUACGGCGGCUUGGACUUUUGGAAGGAUUUGUGAAAUUGUUCCAGAAGCAGCUAUUACUGAAAACUAUUUGCAGCCAUUACUAGAGAGCCUCGUUAAUGGCCUUAAAGCUGAACCUAGAGUUGCAGCUAAUGUUUGUUGGGCUUUUACUGGACUGGCCGAAGCUGCUUAUGAGGCAGCUCUUAACAACGAGAAUCAGCAACCAAAGACAUAUUGCAUGUCUAGAUAUUUCGAUUUUAUUAUUGAACGCCUCUUAGAGACUACUGAUCGUCCAGAUGCAGCACAACAUAAUCUUAGAUCAGCUGCAUAUGAAGCUCUCAUGGAAAUGGUUAAAAAUUCGCCAACCGAUUGCUACAUUACUGUCCAAAAGACAACCAUGGUUAUAUUAGAAAGGUUGCAACAAGUGUUGCAAAUGGAGAAUCACAUUUCAAGUCAAGCUGAUAGAUCACAAUUCAAUGAUCUCCAGAGUCUGUUGUGUGCUACAUUGCAGUCAGUCCUGAGUAAAGUUACGCCAGAAGACGCACCACAAAUAUCUGAUGCUAUCAUGACAGCACUGCUGACGAUGUUUGCGAGCAAUGCAGGGAAGGCAGGAGGAGUGCAAGAAGAUGCAUUAAUGGCUGUAUCCACCCUUGUCGAGGUGCUCGGUGAAAAGUUCCUGACUUACAUGGAAGCAUUUAAACAAUAUUUAUAUGUGGGCUUAAAGAACCAUCAAGAAUAUCAAGUUUGUAUUUCAGCUGUGGGUCUCACUGGCGACAUUUGUCGUGCCCUCAAAAAUAAGGUACUACCAUAUUGUGAUGAAAUAAUAACUCUAUUAUUGGAAAAUCUUGGUGAUCCCUCAAUUCAUCGUUCUGUUAAGCCUCAAAUAUUAUCACUGUUCGGUGAUAUAGCUUUGAGCAUUGGUCCUGAUUUUAAGAAAUACUUGGGAAUUGUUAUGGAAAUGUUGCUGCAGGCCAGCAAAAUGGAAGUGGAUCGAAAUGACUAUGACAUGGUGGAAUAUUUAUGUGAACUAAGAGAGAGCAUAUUAGAAGCUUAUACUGGCAUUAUCCAAGGUCUGAAAGGUGCAGAUGGCGAGAUGCAAGCGGACGUAUCGAUGGUGGAGCCGCACGUGCCGGCGAUGGUGCAGUUCAUGGUGACGGUGGCGAUGGAGCCGGAGCGAACUGACGGCCAUAUGUCCGUGGUGGCCGGCCUCACGGGCGACCUGUGCUCUGUGUUCGGCGCGCGAGUGCUGCCCUUGCUGGAGUCGCGGCCGCUGCUCGAGCUGCUGCAGCAGGCGCGCAUGUCGCGCACGCCGCGCACCAAGAUGCUCGCCAACUGGGCCACCAAGGAGAUCCGCAAACUCAAGACCCAGACCCCCAUCGCCAGCUGAUUUGAGACAUUCUUGUAACAAAGUUGAGACUUAGUGCUGGUAAACUCAAAUUUAAUGUAUUAUUGGGAGGUCAUAUCAUAAUUUACGAGUCGUUAGGUGCAUUUAGAAACUUUGUAAAAAAGGUAAUCAGAGAAAAUUUUAUUCAUAUUGGAUAAGUGUCUCUGAUUUUUGUUUAAUUAGUUUAAUUGUUAAUGCUCAAGUUUUACAAAGCGAUAAAAUUGACUACUUGAUAGAGUCAAUAAUUAAAUGCAUCUAGCGAAGUAGUAAUUUCGGAAUAUUUCAUAACAUUGCCUCACCAUGUUUCCAUAUAAUUAAUUCAAAGCAUUUUCCUAUUUGGUAUUAUAAAUACAGGCAGUGGCUGUGGUAUUUUUACUUACGUGAUGCGAACGAGAGCGUAUGGAAGAUGACGUAUGUUAUUUUAGGCAUGCACAUGUGUAAGGGAUUGUGAAUUUUAUAAAUUAUUCUUUUGUAAAGGACAGAAAGAGGUCCGAAUGAGGAAGUAUGUCCGACGAAGCGUGUGUGUGAUUGUGAUAUAAAAAAUAUUUUUUAACUUAGCCAUGUAUCAAUCUUCUCCAUGGGUUGAUAUUGUGAAUAAGGUUCCAUCAGAGUUCGGAGCGGGACGAGGGACGCCAUAUUGGUGCUCGAUGGCUUUUAUUCAUCGCAUUUAUGCAAGUUUUAAACUGAAAUUUUAUUAUUUAAUGCGUUCACUGCUCAUUUUGUAAAUAAAUUUAUUUGUUCAAUGAUAAAACGUCCAUGACUUUAUUUGUGAUGAAUAAAAACAUUCACUGCCUUUCAGUCUUAAGCUCAGUAAUGUGUACAUAUGUAAUUAAAAUUAUUAAAAAAUAGGAGGGGUAUGACCGACGAGCGACGACGUCGAGCGUCGAUGUUGAGUGGUACAUUAACCGCCACAAAAAGCACUGACAUUAUAAAUAAUUACAAUAUGUUCCAAACUGUAUGCGUUGUUUCACGUUUUUUAUUUAUGUAGAAUCUCAAAUCUGUUGUUUUUAUACAUGGUCAAAUCUAUCAAGUUCUAUAAUUUUGGCGUUGUGUUUUGAAUUUGAAUUUGAACAUUGAAAUAUUUAAACUCCAAUUUUAUAAUGUGAUAUUAAUUGUUACGAAUUUGGUCAAGAAUCAAAUUAAUACUACUUUUCAAUGUCUAUAACGUUAACCUGGUGCCAAUUGUUAUUAUUUGCUAUUGCACUUCUCCUUGAAGGUAAGUAAAGCGUCAGUGCCUUGUUACGAAACUAACAUAAUUUCACAUCGCACGAAUGUUAAACAUUCGUGUGUGUCUAGAGAUUACUAACGGUGCAACUGUUUAUGAAUAACAUAAAACAUUAGAUAAGCCCAAAUCGGAGAAAGUUUCAAUAAUUUUUUACUUAAUUUGUAUUUUUAGAGUGUUUGCUAGUCUGUGAGCAUCACUGACAGGGAUGAUGUUUGCGUGAUUUAUGCAAGAUUUUUUAUGAAGUGUGUUUAUUGAGCCCUUGUACACAUUCAUAUUGCGCUCAAUGAGCUUCGGCGAAUUAACUAUAGGUGUACGAGAGCUCCGAAUGUUGUGUUGCAUAAUAUGAGUAUGGACAGAAGUGUUUUUUUCUAUUCUUCUAUAUCAUAUUAUGUAUUUAUAUACAAAGGAUGAUAGGAGAAUUUGAGUGAGGACUAGUGCCAUGCCAUGAAAGGUUCUGUAUUAGAAUCAUGUAGGCAUUGAGUCGACGAAUACCACCCACUUUUCCCGCGCGAAUAAAUUUUCAACCGAAAUUUAUUUUGUUACAUUUUUUAUUGUUUAGCAUACAAAUAGUUUCCUGUAACUGAACUAUAAUAAUUAAAACGAUUAAAAAAAUUGA